GAGCCAGAUAAAUAUUAGACUCCUCUGCUUGUGAGUACUAGUCAGGCGACAGCAAACAAGGAGUGACCAAAGGAAACGUGUUUGCUAGACGUUGAAAUAUACAGAAACGCUCUUCAAAAAACAGCCCUGCAAAGAUGUUUUCCAAGCUGAGUGUUUGUGCGAGCUUGGCCACGCCAGUGCUCAGCCGCCAGAUGCACAUGGUGGUCUGUCCUGCAUCGACGGCUGCCUCAAAGCUUAAGAAUAUGGAGAAAUCCUUAUCUGCAGAGGAGGUGUUUGCUCGGGAGGAAAAAUAUGGUGCCCACAAUUACCACCCGCUGCCUGUGGCUCUGGAGCGUGGCGAAGGAGUUUAUGUGUGGGAUGUUGAAGGCAGAAGGUAUUUUGACUUUCUGAGUGCUUACAGUGCAGUGAACCAGGGACACUGCCAUCCAGAGAUCAUUUCGGCUCUGAACGCACAGGCCACAAGACUUGCACUGACCUCGCGAGCAUUUUACAAUAAUGUGCUGGGGGAGUAUGAGGAGUACAUCACCAGUCUCUUCAAAUACAACAAAGUGCUGCCAAUGAAUACAGGUGUAGAAGCUGGAGAAACUGCUUGCAAGCUGGCCCGCAAAUGGGCAUACACUGUCAAGGGAGUUCCAAAAUACAAAGCAAAAAUUAUCUUUGCAAAUGGCAAUUUCUGGGGGAGGACAUUAGCCGCUAUCUCCAGUUCCUCAGAUCCCAGCAGUUAUGAUGGAUUUGGUCCGUUCAUGCCUGGCUUUGAGAUUAUCCCGUACAACGACAUACCAGCUCUAGAGCGUGCACUUCAGGAUCAGAAUGUUGCAGCAUACAUGGUGGAACCCAUUCAGGGUGAAGCGGGAGUGCUUGUUCCUGAUGAAGGCUACUUGACCAAAGUGAGAGAGCUGUGCACCAGACACAAUGUCCUGUUUAUUGCGGACGAGGUACAGACAGGGCUGGCUAGAACUGGCCGGAGACUGGCGGUCGACCAUGAAAACAUCAGGCCUGACAUUGUUCUGCUAGGCAAGGCUUUGUCAGGAGGAGUUUAUCCAGUUUCUGCAGUGCUGUGUGAUGAUGAGGUCAUGUUGACUAUCAAGCCUGGUGAACAUGGCUCUACUUACGGAGGAAAUCCAUUGGCAUGUCGGGUAGCUAUUGCAGCUCUUGAGGUUCUUGAAAAGGAGAAGCUGGCUGAAAAUUCAGAAAAGAUGGGAAAAAUCCUUCGAUCAGAGUUGAUGAAACUGCCCAGAGACAUUGUAGUGGCUGUUAGAGGGAAAGGAUUGCUGAACGCCAUAGUCAUCAAGGAAACCAAAGGCUACGAUGCCUGGAAGGUAUGCCUGCGCUUGCGUGAUAAUGGGCUCCUGGCAAAGCCCACUCAUGGGGACAUCAUUAGACUAGCACCGCCUCUUGUGAUCAAGGAGGAUCAAGUGCGAGAGUGUGCUGAAAUCAUUCAGAAGACAAUCUUGUCCUUUUAGACUUUACUUGCUUAUAGGUCACAUUUUUUUGUCGCUGUAGUCGUAUAACUUAAAAUCCUCUCCAAAGCCAGUCUAUUUAAAUAUAUUUGUGUGAUUUGUGUUAGAUGUAUGCACAGGAUGAGCUGUCUAAACCAGGCGUCUCCAGCUCUGGUCCUGGAGAGCCCCUCUCCAGCAGGUUUUAUAGGUGUCUUUACAUCAUCAGUGGCUAAAGAUCUGGAACACCUGUUAAUCUUGACUAAUUAAGCCAAUAAUUGGUUCAGUUAAGUAACUGAGAGAUUGGUUAAAAUGAAAACCAGCAGCCCCUCCUCUAAACCCUUACCAACAAACUCAACAAGAACGUACACAAGCCAUUACAAGCAAAAACAAAAUAAGCUUAUACAUAUUUUUUUUUUAUAAAAUAGCAAUUUGAGCACUUGUUCAUCUUUCCUGGCAAUGUUUUACCCCUAUAAACAUGUAAUACAUUUUUCAUGAUCAAUAUAUGCAAAGCCUUUGAAAUGGUAGUUGCAGGAUAUACGAUAUUUAAAACAUCACUGCACAGCCAUUGGGUAUAUUUUAGGGAUUCUGAUUUUUACUGUUUACAGGUUAAAAUAUAUAUGCACAACAGUAAUGAAAGGAUCUUUUAGGUUAUUAACUAAAGUUUUUUGCCGCCUGUCACGGCUGAAAUUGGGUUGAACUCUAAUUCUUAAUGUCAUUUGGGGAUUUGUCAGGUAAAUGCUUAAGAUCAGAAAUCCUAGAUACUUUAAUGGCCUUUUUACUGAUGUUUCCCUACUGUUACUGGGUUCAGUAAGUUGAGGACUGUGAAACCAGCCACUGGGGAGCUGAACUGUAUUUUAUUUUAGUUUUUUUUGAGCAUUACACUUCAGCCAUCAACACCAGGCAGAAGGAUAUCUACAUCAUCAUAUGGAAGGAAACGCAAAUGGAUGGAGACACAGAUGGAUCACAUUAGUUUACUGUAAAGCUAUGUCUUAGUUGGUGCUUAUCUUGGCGAGAGCCGUGUUCAAAUCAGCAUGAAGUUUUAACAUCUACUCUCGUGUAAUGGAAAUAAUAAUUUAGCACGCUAUUUCUUUAAAAAGGUAAAAACGUUAUUUAAAUAUAUGGCUAGUUUGAGCACGCAUUGAAUACAUAAAAGGAAAUGUUUUGUUGGCAUUUCAAACUUUUAAAUCUUUUAGUUUUAUUUAAUUAAUGAUAUUCAUGCCUGUUGCUACUGUAAAAUGUAGUUCUGGUGUGCUUUAUUUUUAUUAUUAUUAUUAUUAUUUGUGUGUGUAUUUUGCAGAAUUCAAUUCAAAAUUGUUAACAAAUUAAAAUUCUAAAUUUAAGAGUAUUAUA